UAAUACAGACUGACACACAAACACAUCUUUAUAAAUGUGAUCUGUUUCACAUCCAUGUGUCAAUAUGGGUGGAGUUAUGUUGUCACUGUAGCCGUAAGAGAAAGUGAAAGUAACUCGAUGAACAACGAUAUACAGGCAUUAACUAAGUUAAUUCUUUCAUUUAACAACAGAAUAUUUCUUUGUAAGAGUGAACACAGCUGAUCAUCACUCAGGUGAAAUUCAAUGGCAGAAUCUCCAUCAACCAGGAGUCUAGACCGGCCUCAAUCAGUGAUGUCAUCCUCCAGUGAUCCAAUGACUGAGAGGCUUCUGUGUUCAAUCUGUCUGGAAGUGUUCAGUGAUCCAGUCAGCACUCCAUGUGGACACAACUUCUGUAAGAUCUGUCUCAGUACAUACUGGAACAACAGUCAAGACUGCAGAUGUCCAAACUGUAAAGAAACAUUCAAGCAGAGACCUGAUCUCAAGAUUAAUACAACACUCAGAGACGUUGUGGAUGAACAUAAGAAGAAAUGUCAUGAAGAACAAGCUGAAGUUGUGUGUGACAUCUGUAGUGAAGGAAAGCUGAAGGCUGUGAAGUCGUGUCUGGUGUGUCAGAGCUCUUACUGUGAAACUCACCUGGAGCCUCAUUUGAGAGUGUCAGGAUUACAGAAACACAAACUGAUUGAUCCUGUGAAGAAUCUGCAGGAUUAUAUAUGUCAGAAACAUGACAGACCUCUGGAGCUCUUCUGUAGAGAUGAUCACACACGUGUGUGUCUCAUCUGCACUGUGACGGAUCACAAGAACCACAACUUUGUUUCUGUAAAGGAUGAGGGUGAAGAGAGGAAGAUUCAGAAGUUAAAGACACAGACAGACGUGCAGCAGAUGAUUCAAGACAGAAUCAAGAAGAUUCAAGAUAUCAAACAUUCAACAGAACUCAGAAGAAGAAACACAGAGAAGGAGAAAGCAGCCAGUGUGGCGGUCUUCAGUGAUCUCAUGCGCUCCAUUGAGAGAUGUCAGUCUGAACUGCUGGAGAUGAUGGAGGAGAAGCAGAAAGCAGCAGAGAAACAUGAUGAAGAUGUCAUUAAAGAUCUGGAGCAGGAGAUCACUGAACUGAAGAAGAGAAACAUUGAGCUGGAGCAGAUCUCACACACUCAACAUCAUCUACAGCUCAUACAGAUUCACUCAUCCAUCUGCAGGCCUUUAAACAUGAAGAACUGUCCUGAGAUCAGUAUGAAGAGUCACGUGAGUGUGGAGAAAGUGAGGAGAUGUCUGACUCGACUGCAGGAGACUCUACAGGAGAAACUCAGUGAAGCUGUGUUGAAGUGGAUGCAGCAGUAUGCAGUGGAUGUGACUCUGGAUCCUCAUACAGCUCAUCCUGAACUCAUUCUGUCUGAUGAUGAGAAACAAGUGAGACAUGGAGGCAUUAGACAUAAACUCCCAGACAACCCAAAGAGAUUUUGCAGGUCUCUCAUUGUUCUGGGAAAGGAGGGAUUCUCAUCAGGGAGAUUUUAUUAUGAGGUUCAGGUGAAGGGAAAGAGUGAAUGGAGUUUAGGAGUGGUCAGAGAAUCUGUUAACAGGAAGGGAUUCAUCACACUGACACCAGAUGAUGGAUUCUGGACUGUGAUUCUAAGGAAUAAGAAUGAAUAUGACGCUCUCGCUGAUCCCUCUGUCUCUCUGUCUCUGAGAGUAAAGCCACUGAAGGUGGGUGUGUUUGUGGAUUAUGAGGAGGGUUUGGUCUCCUUCUAUGAUGUGGAGAACAGAUCUCAUAUCUACUCUUUCACUGAUCAAUCCUUCACUGAGAAACUCUAUCCAUUUUUUAACCCAUGUACUAAUGACGAAGGUAAAAACUCAGAGCCAUUGAUCAUCACACCUGUCAGUCAGUUAUAAUUCAUGAAAUUAUCAAACAAACAUAAGAUGGAAAUAACAAUUUCUAUUGUUAACACUAGAAAGACAUGUGUAAACUAAAUGCGCUGUAAGUCACUUUGGAUGAAAGCGUCUGCCAAAUGCAUAAAUGUAAAUGUAAAUAAAAUAUUGCAUUUUAAAUAAAAA